GCGGCAGUCGCAGUCGCCGCGCGCGCGGCGCAGAGAAGUCGGAGCACUUGCUUGCAUGUCAUGAACUUUUAAUAAGUUGUUCUACGCAAAUAAGGACGGAGGAAGAAAGAGAAAGGAAGAGGAGACAAAGUGACAGUGAGACGAGCGCCCGACGGAGACAUGGAGUCGACGGCCGGCCAGCGCCAGGUGCCGGAGGAGCUGCUCACGGCCGUGCUAAACCGACGCUACAGCGUGCCGGUGGCGGUCACCAGUCGACACCCCAAGCCGAGUGAGGACCAUGGGCUUAGUGAGGACCAGAGACCGACUGGGGACCACAAGCUAGCCGAGGACCAGGGGCAGGACCACGGGCCGAGUGAGGACCACCACAGACCGACAGAGGACCACAGUGAGGACCACAUUGAGGACCACAGUGAGGACCACGGACCGACCCAGGACCGCCGGCCGAGCGGGGACCAGGGUCUGGCGGCCCGUCCGCGGCUGGCCGUGCUCGGCGCCGGUGACUACGGCAGGGCCUUCGCCACCAGGGCGGUCCGCAGUGGUUACCAGGUGGCGCUGGGGUCGCGGAACCCCAACAAAAAUCGCAGUCUGACGCAGCGUACCGGCGCCGUAGUCUGCUCGGUGGAGGAGGCCGUCAGGACCAGUGACCUGGCUGUCAUCUGUGUGCCGUUCGCCUUCUACAACCAGCUGCCGGUGUCGACGCUCUCCGGGAAGGUGGUGGUCGACAUCAGCAACAGCACGCCGAAGAAACUGGCACAAGGGGGGCCAUCGAAUGCUGAGGACCUCCAGAACAUGAUUCCUAAAUCGCAAGUUGUGAAAGGCUUCAACGUCAUAUCGGCAUACGCGUUGGAGAACAAUCUACAGGGUGGAAAGAAGGUGUUCAUUGCCGGCGACUUUGCCGAGUCGAAGGCGGUCGUGGCCACGCUCAUCACCGACAUGGGGUUCACGGCUGCCGACAUGGGUGGGCUCGUGGCCGCCAGAAAAAUCGAGAAAAUACCUCUCCAGUUAUUCCCUUCGUGGAAGACAGCUAUCAUCGUCACUGCUUUGAUAUUUAUUUUCUUCUGGAUUUACUCCUUGUUCAAAUAUCAGAUAUGCACCUCAAUAGAGUCAGCGCGGCCCUGGGAAGCUGAGGACUUCACCAGCGUCUUGAUGGUUAACUUCAACAAGGCACUGGCGAUGUCGGCCAUCACCAUCCUGGCCGCGACCUACCUACCCGGCAUUUUGGCGGCCUACCUGCAGCUUAAACGAGGCACAAAGUACCGUCGGUUUCCACGCUGGCUGCACCGAUGGCUCGUCAUUCGCAAACAGCUGGGACUGGCCGCUCUAAUGCUAGCCAUGAUCCAUGGAGUGAUAUCGAUCACGAUGUCGUCACCGUUCUACCUGGCCAAGGCGUACGACCGUCCGGCGAUCCUUCAGGCGCGAGUGGUGGGACUCAACACCAGUCAGCCUGUGCCCGUGUUCAACCGGCUGCGCCAGGGCCGCGCCGAGCUGGGACUCAGCGUCGGCGCCACGUCCAUCUGCCUUCUGACGGUGAUCGGCAUCACGUCCCUGCCGAGUGUCGGCGGCGCACUCAGCUGGAGAGAGUUCCAAUUCGUCCAGUCCGGUCUGGGCUGGGCGGCUCUGCUGGCCGCCGUGCUGCACAACGCUCUGCUCGGCUGGGACUUUAUGGUGCGCAACUACUCGUGCAGCAUGCCGUCCGCCCAGCAGGUGGGAAUCUAUCUGCCGGCGAUCACUGUGCUGCUGAAGAUGCCUCUUCUGAUUCCAUUCGUCUCCAAUCAUCUGGCAGCCAUUCGAGCGGGCUACGAGAGAGCUGGCAGCUCUCAAUAGAAUCAGAUUAGACCGACGGAUAGCGGCGGUAGUCGAGCUCUGACACAGAAGAUGAAAAAAUGUACAAUAUUCCGCCUGUGCGCUGUCAGCGGGAUUGGCAACCGCGCGACUUGAGACGCUGAGAUUGAUAAGAUGUCCCAGCGGGAACAGCGGGAGCUCGAACGGCAUGAACGGAAUUUUUAUUGAAUACAUUACUAUUACUAUAGCUACUGGGAACAGGGGGACAGAGCUAACAUCCCAGCUGUGCCCAUACGUUCGAUUAUGCGUUUUGCGAUUGUGAUGCUUAGGAUUGUGAGCUCUAACAAUUGAAACGCAUUAUAGUGCUAAGUAAGAAAUUACCUACCGUUCUUGCCGACUGUCGACCGACGGUCCCUUGAAUUCUACCGGUGGUUAAGUCCGAGCUUAUCAGUAUUUAAUCCACAGGGACCUGUAAGACGUAAGUGGAAUUAUUAAUUUGCUGUUUAUUUAUUGAGCCGGAAGUGUAUGUCGUAUUUGAUAGUUGUUACCUGUCAUUGAGCAUUGCAAAACUAUUGCAUUAUUCUUGCCGUUCCUGGUAGGUAUACUAUGCAAAUAAUAGUAGAUAGUACUUAGUAGACACUUGCACCUAAAGCUGAUGCACAAUGUUUUAUGCCAAUAAAUAAGUGGUAUUUAUCGUGACGUGGGAUGACAUAUUUUGUUUCUGCGUGAUCUUGUGCUCGUACCAUGUCACCAAUAAUAUUAUGAACUGAACGUUAUCGGCGAAAUACACAUAGAAAUAAAGUGUC